UGAUAUCUUGCCCGAAGAAAUAAAACGCCUGGAAUUUCACUGUUUUGAGGCAAUGAAAUGAAAUUUACUCCGGAGUCAGCUGUUAAGGAUGGAUUCUAAAACACCACUGACAUCAGAUAAACGUACAGUAUAGUGAAAGUGAGCUGCAGUCUAACAGGAUGCUACUCUUGUCAAGUACAAAUGGAACAUAAAGUUGUGAGCUAUGGGUGGUGCUGGUGUUAGCAGAAAUGUUAGAAAGCUACAUGAACUAGUUGUGUUAGUUGGUAAGGAAGUAUAAUCAGGAGGAGAAAAAGUUUAUGCCAGACAGAAUUGGCUCAUAGAGUGAUAAGAUUACUUUCCUCUGGUGUGGAGUCAGGGAGAGCUUUUUGACACUUAAUAAAGCAAAUAAAAAUAACUGGCUGAUGGAGUACAGUGAGAGAGUUCUGUGUGGGACGGGGGAGGUGGAGCUGGAUCCCAACAUUGUGAGUGAAGAGGCAGGAAAACUGUAUUCAGAACUACAGACAGUCAUUGAGAUCCAUGGUGAAGGUGUGGUGGAGUCACUGGUACCCAUAUUUGUGUGGGUACUGGAGGGGCUGGCCAGCUGCAAAGCCCAGCUGAGAGACAGGGAGGAGGAGGCGGAGAGAGAGAAAGCUGAGCGAGAAGAGUUGCUGGAGAGAUACCAAGCUGAGAAAGCGCUAAGGAAAGAAAGUCAAGAGAGGUAUCUGGAGCUGGAUGACCAAAUUGAACAGGAAAGGAGAGCCAUGAGAGCGAGGGACAAGGAGCGUGAACGGCGAGAGAGAGACCUAGAGAAAAAAGCGAGAGAGCAAGCUGAUCAAUUGGUGGCCUUAGAGGAGCAGAAGGCGAACAUGAGCAGAGAACUGAGCACACUGAAGCUUACCCACAACAAGUUGGCUCACACACAUCGGGAACUAUUGGAAAAGAGGAAGGACUCUGACAGAGAUUCACCUCUAAGGAAUCAUAUACGUCCCAAGAAUACAGAAUUUCGAUCCACUCAAGUCCCUUCUGAAUCCAGUGUUAAUGAUAAGCAGACUGUCCAAAGACCACAUUCGCUCUCGGUUCCCCCGUGUUUGGAAGAUGUACUAACCAAGGAAGAAAAGGCGAUUGACAUCACAGUGAAGUCCACCUCAAACCAGUUUGUCAAUGACAUAAUAAGCUCCACUCCUGAGCUGACACAAUUUCAUGGCUGGGUGGAUGCAAGCACCCCUGUUAGAUCAGACACCGAAGAGCCAACGAAAAAUGAGUCGGGGACCAGCUUGGAGAACGAGAUGAGGGGGUUGCAGGAGGAGAAAGAAGAAGAGAAGGAGUGGAAAAUAGAAGAGGGGAAAGAAGGAGAGAUGCAGGAAAAAGCUGAGGAGGAGGUGGAGGAAGAUGAUAGCAUGGAGUGGGAGCUACGCAACACAGACUCAGUGUUCUCUGAACUGUCAGAACUGAGUCGGGAUUAUGUGGAGACUGUAGACCAAGGGGCCAGCGUCAGAGGCAGUGCCGACCAGUUUGAGGAGAUUCUUUCUCAGUAUGAGGAACUGAAAAUCACCCAUGAGUUAGUAGAAGCUGCCCGUAAAGUCUUGAUAUCUCGGGUAGUGGAGCUGACUGAUGACCGUUCAGCUCUUAAACUGGAAGUGACCUCUCUUCAGGAAACGGUCUCACGAUUAGAGGGCCGGAUGAAGGAGAAAGAGGAGGAAAUUAAAAGACUUCGUAAAGAACUAGACGCAUGCCAAGCUGAAGAUCCUGAUGCCUCUCUACCUCCAACCAUGCGCCACUUCUCUCGUUCUGAAAUGGCUCGUGUGGUCAUGGAGAAGAACCAGUACAAGCAGCGUCUGUUUGAGCUGCAGGAAGCAGUCAGACGCAGUCAGGCACUCAGAGCAACAAAAGAGGAGAGGUUGUCAGAGGACAAAAGGUCAAGCGUUUGGAGAAAGUUCAACCGCUUGUUUGGCCUGUCCAAGCAACCAUUAAUCCUGCCUCACGCUCCUGCAUUUACUCUUCCAACUUCUCCAUCAUUCGCUCGCCCUCCUCUGGGGUCUCCAGAUUUACAGGCUGUCAGUCAAACUCAAACAGAAUCUGCUUCUCCUGCUGCCCUCUCACCUCGUAUCAGGAGGAGGGAACUCUACAGAGAAAUUCGCUCCCACAUUUGGGGAGCACUUGGAAAACGACAGAUACACGGCUGGAGCACACCGCUGGCAAACACACAGGAAUCCCAGGAACCUGUCCCAGAGCCUAAAGAUGUGCCCAUGUUAGUGCGGCUCAGGCUGUUGGAUCAAAGAGACUCCACUGCUAAGCUGAACUGUGCUGUUGCAGUCACGCCUGAGAUCUCAGGAGAGGCCACAUGUUCUGUGUGGGUAGUUUCUGGCCCUGCGUCCUGCAGUGAUAUUACAGUGAUUGACCCAGCACGGUCCAACACAGUACUGGAUCAGUUCAAUCUCCCUCCCACAGCUCCUGCCCUCUGCAUCUGUGCUGUGCCUCCCAUAGGUGACGCUAAAGGAACUGUGUGGAUUGGGACUCAGGAAGGAAGUAUACUGAUACACUCGGCCUCUGCUGGAAGGAGGCGCUGUCUGCAGUCUGUUUCCCUCUCAGAGGGCGUUCAUUCGCUCACGUAUUCCGAGGGUCAAGUAAUAGCUGGUUUAGCUGAUGGGACUUUAGCUUUUUUCUCCCAUAGUUCAGGUGACUGGAAUCUGCAGUCACACACUGUGAUGCCGCUUGGAUCAAACCCUUUGCAGCCUAUUCGCUGUUGCCUUUCAAAGGGUAGUCGAUUGUGGGUAGGGUACUGGAACAAGGUCCAUGUGGUUGACAUUGACAGCAGAAAAGUUGAGCAAGUAUUCUCAGUCUCUGAGCGCAGUGAGCAGCAGGUCCGUUUCCUCUGUGCUGGUGGAAGUGGUGUUUGGACGUCCUGCCGACUUGACCCAGUACUCAGAUUGUUUGAUUGGACCACUGCACGGCCGCUACAGGAAGUUGACUUUACUGCUUUGGUCACUAAAACAUUAGGCCAGGCCUUCCUGACACUCUCACCUCUUCAGAUCUCCUCUCUCACAAUCAUUUCUGGAAGACUGUGGGUGGGCACGGGAGGUGGUGCCAUCUUCUCCUGUCCAUUAUCUAUAACAUCAGAGGCGGUCUCUAUCCCAUAUUGCUCUCUGGCAUCAGCCCAGCUGUGUUACCAUGGACAUAGACAAGUUGUCAGAUUCAUCAUUGCUGCACCUGGCUGUUUGAUGACCUGCCCUGGCAGCAGCACUGUCACUACCUCUCAGCUCAUCCUCAGUGGAGGAGAAGGCUACAUCAACUUCCGCAUUGGAGAUGAUGAAAGUGAUGCAUCGGCUGAGUUGUCGCAAGCUACACCUCAGCGGUCUGAACGCAGUCACAUGAUCAUCUGGCAGAAUCCCAGCCCUCCUUUGCCCAGUCCUGCCCUCUGAUAUUGAUCAUCUCUUGGAUCCUAUCUUUUGCAGUAAAGCAAAGAUAGAGCAGACAUAGACUGCUGAGACAGCAAUGGAAAUGGUGCUUUCAUUGAAGUGAAUCCACAAACUUCUCAUUGUGGCAGCAAUAAAAGUAUCCUAUAAAACAUGUGAUACUUCACUAGAUCAUUCUUGUUUACCUCACUCAUUUUGUACAUCUGUCUUUUGACUGGAUUUAUCCAAAAAAUAUGAUGCUGCCCUGUUGUGUGCCUUCAUCGGACAUAAUCAACAAUAUCAGUGUUGUGGUAUUAGUCAGUAAGUCAACUGUUAAAAUCGUAUCGUCUUAUACUCUGUCUUUUGUCUUUUCUCCUGAAUAGUAAUAACCAGUUUCUUCCUUGGCACUGGCAGUGCAUUGAGUUUCACUGACAUCCAGACCCUUGUUGCUCAUCACAUGGUAGUCAUUCAUAUCCUUAUUUCAUUAGAGGGGCAAUAUUUGUUAUGGAUAUUUUGAUCAUAAAGUUAAACUUAAUAAUGUGGCUGCUCUUUAAGCCACUGUGUUCAUACUUUGUUGUUAACUGUGAACUGGAAGCAGGCAUUGCUUUUCUCUCAGACAAUCAGACACUUGUUUAUCUCCUGUUGCUGCAUUGAGAUUGAUGACAACUUCUUUUCAUUGCCUUUCUGUUCAUUUUCUGUUGUAUUAUCAAAUUGAACUCUUUUACAUUGCACAAGGUGUAACUACAAUUUACUUCACAUUUUAAACGUGUGUCUGUGUACGAAUAUGUGUGAUAUCCCAUCUAAACAAUUACAGUACUUGUCCUAAGAAAUUAUUUAUUUGCUUGAUGCCUUUCUGUGGAUGUCAUGAAAUCCUUUAAGUGACUUAAUUUGUUUUAUGUUUCAUUUUGAUUUCAGAAUAUUUUGUAAAAUAAGGGAGAUCAUUUUCUUUCAAGUGUCCUAUGCAGUAUUUAUAUGAAAUUACAAGUAUGUGCACAUUAUGUUGAUAUCAUAGCUGCUCCUUAUUCUUCAUGGGAAUGAAGACAUGAGUGCUGGUUCUGACUCAACCUUGUGCAAACAUGAUUACUGUCAUUAAAAUUGUAUUGAAAGAU